AUGGCAAGGAAGCUGGAUCUUUCACAGUUAACAGAGGAAGAGCUCGAACACGUUUUCCACGUUGUUCAACGAGAUAUGAAUCUGCGGAAGAAAGAAGAUGAACGGCUUGGGGAACUAAAAUGUAGGAUUGAGGAAGAAGGGGUUAAGAGGAAGUUUCUAACAAAGCAAGCCAAAUUUAAUGAAGGUCAUUGCAUUCACUGCCUGGAGCCCUUCCAAUUUUUGGUGAACGGCAAACGUCGAUGUCUGGAUUGUUCUCUGAACACCUGCAAAAGGUGUAGCAAAUUCAACAAAAAGGAGUAUGGCUGGGUGUGUGAUUCCUGCCGGAUUGUCAGGAUUGUGAAGACUGGGUCACUGGACUGGUUUUAUACCCAUGUGAAGUCUCGUUUCAAAAACUUUGGCAGUGCCAAGGUGAUGCGCAGCUUAACCAAAAGACUUCAAAGUGGAGAAAAAUAUCCCCUACCACACUUAGGUACACCUUCAUCCCUUCUAGCUGUGGAAGAUAUGGCAGAUGAGUGUCAAGUCCAGCAGGCAGGGCAGGCAGGGGACAGGACGGGGAACGAGGAAGAUACUUUAGAUAACUCAGAGGCUCAGCGCUAUAGUAGACAACGUAGAAAUAAACGUCUGCUUUCGGUGCAUCCUUUUGACUUUGAUAUGGACUCAGAGUACUCUGCCCAAUCUCGCCGCCCGUCUCUCCAGCUUCCGUCACCACAUUUCGAGGGGAAUGACUUUCAGUCAUUUUCAGAGUUUUCUUACCCUGGCAAUGGUGCAGCAGGAGAGGGUUCCAGGAAGGGGUCCUUGAUUGACAAUCCAGAGCUUUCCUCAGUAUUUCGAAGCAUCCUGCAGGAGAAAAGUCAGAACUUGAUGCCAGACCAAAUGUUCAGCACAGAAGUCCGAUUGGAAAUUAACGCAAGAAGGCAAAGCUUGGAGAGAUCUUGCAAAACCGAAGAGCUUGUGCAUCAUGAGCGGAGGGUUCCCCACUCUCAGUCCGUUCCCGGAAUUUGGAUCUCCAAUGAAGAAACAGAGCUGCAGCAGCUUUUGUCACAACAGAAGCACAGGGCCCAGUGCCAUGCUGACAUGGAGAGUUCUGACAAUGAAGAGGCUCCCGAACAUCCAGUGUAUCAUCGCCACUUUGUACGGCAUAGGAAUAAAAGCUUCUCACAGGAAAAUUCAGUCUCUGGUGGACAUCAGAUUUCAGACCUAUCCAAGCGCAUGUCUUCCAUUGAACGAAUGCUAAGCAGACUGGAGGAGAAGAUAACCCCCAGCUCUGUGAAGUCACCAGACAACAAAGGCAGGCAUUACUUGUCAUCUCCGGCUGGGUCCGAGGCUUCUGGACUUGAUUUGACAGAUGCAGACUUGGAAGAGGUAAAGCUGAAGAAGAAGUUGGAUGAAUUGGCCAGCAAUAUAAGUGACAGAGGCCCUUCAUCUGAAGAAGAGCUGAAAAUGAGGACUGAAAAUCCACGAGAAAUGAGCUCAUCCAGUGAAGACCUCCAAAAUGAUACUCUAAAGCACUCAUCAGCAUUGGCUCUUUGCGACAUCACAACAGAAGCUUUAAGAACCAUUAACGCCACUGAAAAAGCAUUACAUGACUUUGCAGAAGUAGAGGGCACAACUAACGAACCUCUCACAAAUUCCACUUUGCACCUAAAGUUCAGUGAAAAAGGCCUGAGUGCGAGCGAAGCAGAUGAAGCUUACAGAAAACUUAAGGAAAAUGUGUAUGUGGCUGCCAGCUCAAAUUACAACUUGGAGACAUUGAAGGACCUGGCAGAGCGGGCACAAAGCAGGCAGAGUCACACCACCACAACAACAGACACGGGGCUCCCAGAAUUGUUAGAUAAGGUGGCUUCAACUGCUGCUAAGGUUCAGUGCACUGAAACUGUCAAGAAUGAAACACGUGAGCGAAAUGUGCAACACAAAGGAUCACUCACUCAAAGGAAUCCAAGCAACAUGAGUAGAAGAUUGGACCGUGUUUUUGGGAUCCCCUCCUCCCCACUAGAUCUGAAGCACCACCCGGAUCCGGGAGGGAUGGCCGCCGCCGCCGCCCCCGCCGGCAAACGGCGGGAAACGCGGGGGCGCGGCACUCGGCAUGCUCCGGCCGCGGCGCAAGCGCAGUGGCGCGGCUCGGCUCGGCUCGGGAAGGGGCGAGCGGCGCAGGCGCGCUGCGCACGGCCCCGGCUCUCCAUGGCGGAUGUGUUGUGA